AACUGUCAGUAACUCAGUGUCAACACUGUCACGUACGUCAGAAGCAGGUGAAUAAUUAGGACUAUCUUCAUUUUACUUUUCUGAUUCUGGUGUUAUAUUAUGAUUAAUAUCUGUUUUGGAAUGCCCAAUAAAUAGAAGACAUCUGAAUUACAUUGAAACAGAAAACAAAACGAAACUAAAAUGAUUGAAACUUGUUCAAAACGAUGUAUGUUAUUUGGAACCGUAUGUUUAGGAAUUUUGACAAUAGUGGUGCUGAUAUUAGAGUCUCAGCUAGCAGACUCUUUAUCAGGCAGUCAUAAAAUGAAGAACAAGACAUUUCCUACAGAAAAUAACUCAACUUGUUGGAUGCAUCAGCCUUACUCUAUUAUUAGUGAAUGUCAUCCUUGUUCAGACUUUGAAAUCAGAAGUAAGAGCAUAGGUGUUUGCAUUCACACAAGUUUCAAAGAAAUAUUGAAAUGUGAAAAUGGGGAGACAGUUACAAGAAGUUGUGACCGAGUGGCGUAUUUGGAGGAGAGGGCUUAUUGGAAGUUUACAAUCUGGUCUUUCGUCAUUGGAGCAGCUUCCUCAAUGGCUGUAAUGUUACGACUACGAGUUUUAAAUUAUCGAGCGAAACGACGUGCGAGACAAGUACUCAGCAAUGGAGCUAUUUGAUUAAGAAGGUUCUUUGUUAAAAUGUGGUGCCAAUGCUGGCCUAUUUUGAAUUGGAGGUCAUCUAACAAUUAUGAUUAAUUGACACUCGACUGUGGAAGCACUGCAAAAGGAUAGUGAUUUAAUAUUAAGUAAUUUGUAUUAACUUUAUAUAGCUUUUGGCAAAUAACUUAUAUAGGUUGUUUUCAGGUCUCUUUGGCUGUGUAAGAAUCUAUAGGGCAGGCACAUUAAUAGUAACAAAAAGUAGUAAAGGUCUCUUUUAAUGAUUUAAAGGGAAAUGAGCAAAUAUUCACUGUAUUUCUUGCACAGUUGGUUUGCUCUUCAUAUUUCAUUUGUGUAAGUAUGAGAAUGUAUCUUUCUGCAUGUGUAUUUAAAGUUAUUUGCCAACAGCUACAAAGUAUCGUAUUUUUGCAUAGGUAAUCCAAACUUGAAUAAUCUGUAAUGUAUGUUUUUAAGUAAGUUAUUCUAUGUCAGAGUGAUUCAGAGAAGUUCAAGACUGCUCUUGAAUUAAUUAUUUGCCAAAUAUAUUGACAUUUCCUAUGUUGAAAUUGUUUCUAAGUGCCUAAUUACUGAAGUAAAUACAGGUAAAUGACAGUUGAUAAUAAAUAACUAAUUAAUCUGUUUCUAAAAACCCUUUUUUGCAAUACUGUUUUGCUGUUCUGGUUCUGAAAUAUUGUAUUUGAUGAAAUUUUGAUAGAAACAUCAUGAAAAAGUUUGUGGUAUAAUAGAAAAAAGGCUAGGAAUGAAGAAGAAAGAAUGGAAGAAAGGCUAGAAAAACUCCUAAUAUUUUAUCGCCUGCUGUUACACUACUACACUAAAAAUAAAUAAGACAUUAAACAAAUGUAUAUUCUUCCUGUAUGUAAUAAAGUUAACCUGUAAAAUUAUCAUUCAAUUAAGUUAUCAAAAAUGUUAUAAAUAAAUAAUUUAUUACUCAAAAA